UAUUAACACAAUAUUACAGUAUUGACAUGGUCUACUCAAAGUCAUUCUUCGAGAGAAAAAUGGAUGAGUGUAAUAAAUAAAAUCAUUGCAAUAACAUCAGAGCUGCUGUAGAUGCCUACCCAUUGUCUAAGACUUUUAUGCCUGAGAGAGCAUUAAUUAUUCAAAACUGUUGGCAGCAAGGGAUUCUUACAGGUGGAGACUGGAAAACAAAUGCAGGUUAAGGACUAUAAUUAUGCCUUCCCACGCAGAAAUGAAAAAAAAAAAAAAAAAGAUUACGAUUAGCUAGAGACAACAGGGAUUGGAGAUGGUUCUUCUCAAAGGCUGAACGUAAUAUCUGCUGUUGUCUGCCGCUUUCUUGCAAUGGCUUGACUAUAUCAUUAAGCUAUGCCUCAGGCACUAUGCCAAAACUAGACUGACUAAAUCCAUAUGCACCCACAGGGCCCUCAUAACGAAUGCAGGAUGCUAAUUCAUCCAACCAGCCGAGCCAAUAAAUGCAAAUGUAGUGUUUUUUCAAAAUGUCUUGAAAGAACAAUAAAGAACAAUUGUGUUCCACUAUAUAUAUAUUUAACUUUCAGAUGUGUAAAUGAAACAAAACAGGUAUCACAUGUGACUUUCUGAUGUAAAAGUGAAAGGGGAUAUUUAGAGUAAAAAAGGACUUAAAUUAUUAUCUUUCUUUCAUCCACACCUGUUAUAUUGCUUCUUAAGAUAUGGAUUUAACCACUGGAGUCAUGUGGAUUACUUCUAUGUUUGUCUAUGUGAUUUUAUUUUUAGCUACAAAGGUCAGAUCACCAUUCACUUGCAUUGUAUGGACCUACAGAGCUGAAAUAUUCCUCUAAAAAUCUUUGUUUGUGUUCUGCUGAAGCAAGAAAGUCAUACACAUCUUGGAUGGCAUGAAGGGUAUCAGAAUGAAAGAUACUCACCAUGAAAAUAAUCCAGAGGAGACUCAUAAAUGAACAUAACUGUACCAGAUGCAUCCUGGAUUGAGAGAUGUCUCAAAACAAAGCAUCACAUCUUGACUAUGAGACAUGGCAGAAGAACUGAGAACUGCACUGUAACAGCAUCAGAGAACGACAAAUCGAGAACAUUCGAGAAACACACUCAACCCAUAGCACAACUACACCAAGACUCUGAUGCCACAUGGAAAAACUCGUCACUUGCGGUUGGACUGAGCUUCCAUUUAUAUUCAGCUAAAUGUCUUAGAAGACGAGAUGCUGGUUUGAUCAGCCAGCUCCAGGAAUUAGACAGACAGAUUUGUGACCUGAGGUUGGACACAGAGACCUCACAUGAACACGUGGAAACAGACAGUCGGCCAAGCUCAGGCUUUUACGAGCUAAGUGACGGUGCUUCAGGCUCCCUCUCCAAUUCCUCUAACUCCGUCUUCAGUGAAUGUUUGUCCAGUUGUCGCUCCACCACCUGCCUGUGCACCCCCCUUGACACCUCACACUGUGCCUCUGAGGGAAGACUUAAGUCUGCAGAUGAACUGGGCAUUUGUGCUGAUUGUGAUUGCCAGUGCGAAGAAUCAAGUUCCGGAACAGUCCGCAGGUCUCUCUCUGCAUCUUACUCCCCUUCCCCAGAUGGCUCCUGCGAUGGCUUGUCCAAGUUUCACUGUGAUCUUGUCACAAAAAAUGGAAGUGAUGUUUACCGGUACCCAAGCCCUCUCCAUGCGGUGGCUGUCCAGAACCCCGUCUUCUUCCAAUCCAUGACCGUUCACCUAAAGGAUGAUUCUAGAUUUUCUAAGCCUGGUGAAGCAUUGAGUGAUGAGCAGAAACCUGAGCAGCCCAUAGGUUCUCAGAAUUCAUCCUGGCAUGCUUCUCAAUCUCUCCCAAACAAAAGACUGGAUAGUUAUAUCUUUGGGCUACUUCAAAGGAGGGCACAGCCCUUGAGGACCAACAAACCCAGAACAAGCAUCAACACAGACCCCUCCAAAAGCAUUUUAAGGCAGGCUAGUCUCAGCUCUCGGGCCCCUACUGCUGUCCCUGCCCUGCAAUGGACCUCUGAACUCAAGCCAAACUGGCAGACAUGUUUACAAGAUGCGUCAGCAACUAGCACUGAGCCAAGUACAGCUUCGCCCCAAAGACAGUGGUCUGCUGAGUUCAAAGGAGAAACGCUACAAAAUGGAGCAUCUUGUGGUCCAAUUCAACCACAGAAUGGUUACUCAACCACCAAUGAUAACAACAUGAAUUGCCUCUUGAAAAAGAAAGGUCCUGGAGCCAGUAAGGGCCAGCCAUUGAGUGUUGCAUUGAAGGACUGCCAGGAUUUGGGAAGCCCAAAUGCAGUUUCCUCCCCCAAACUCAACAAGCAGUCUUAUUACACUGUGGAGGACAGUAAAUCAGGCCAGGCAAUGAAAGCAAGCCCUCUUAAGAGGAGCCCCAAGGCGCUUACUCAAGUAGGCUGUUGUAAAGAAGCAGAGCGACUGGCUUCAGAAUUGCUCAGCCUUGGUUCUUCCUCACAAAGCCAAGAUGAGGGAGGUCAACUGGUCAGUGCCCAGUACAUCACUUCUGAAAAACAGAAUGUAAAUCUCCGCAAAGGUGGCACCAAGAACAUCAAGAUUGUCAAAGUGAAAAAUUCCACCAGUGCAAAAGAUAGAGCUCAUGUUCCAGAGCAAGUUUUUGAUAUUGGCCGUGACAAACAUCGGACAACCUCAUCAAGGUCUCGACAAGUGGAUUAUGUCCAUUACUUGCAAAAAUCCUCCAAGAAGGCCACCACGAAAGCCAAGAGAAUCCCUGCCUCCAUUCCUGAAGGACGAAUCCUAGAGAAGCACACAAGCUCUACAGGUCGAUCAUCUGCUCAGAGACACCAUGGACAUCACCGGCAUCAUGAGGCAGUUCUGGCCAAGCCCAAGUACAAGCGCAAUGACUACCACCGUCGGCCCAGGGGUCUCCAUGAGAUCUCAUACGAGGAGGCUUUCAGGAGAGCUCACCGGAGGCAGAAAAGAGAAAUGCUGGCCCACAUGUCAGCCAUGAAUCUGCCUUCUAACGCACACUACACUAGUCCCUAUGCCUACAUUGGUAGUGACUCUGAAUACUCAGCGGAAUGUGCCUCCCUCUUCCAUUCUACCAUUUUGGACACAAGUGAGGAUGAGCGCAGUAACUGUACCACCAACUGUUUUGGGGACAGCGAAUCGAGCGCUAGCGAGGCAGAAUAUGUGGCUGAGAGCAGCACUAGCAGUGACUCAGAAGGCAGUGCAGGGGUCAAUUGGCCCCAGUUUAAGCAGAUAGCCUCUGGAUCCCACGGAAUGACGUCAGCACAGGCAAAAGCUUUCGUCAAAAUCAAGGCUUCACAUAACUUAAAGAAGAAGAUCUUGCGUUUCCGAUCAGGCUCAUUAAAACUCAUGACCACAGUGUGAGAGACUUGUUAGAAUGGAGCCAAUAAAAUUGGCUGUCCUCAUAUAAUCAAGUGCCUAGACAGAAUUCAGCUGCAAGGCCUAAAACUCCCUGUCACACACUCUCGUUCAGAGACAUACUCCUUUGCCUGCACUUUCACACAUUAGCAAAUGCUUUAAAUCCUUGAUGUCAUUUUCUGUAGCCUUUUUUAACUUGAUAUUUAUUAUAAAUUCAGCUUUUGCUGUGAUGCAUCUACAUAGCAACUUCUAUGUAAAUGCUUUAUUCAUACAUGGUUUACUUUUCUAAAUAAGAUAUUUAUAACUUAAUAUAUUUAGUUUUUGACAUACAUGGAAACAGGAUAGGAAGUAUGACUCAAAGUAUGUAUGACUUGAAGCAGUGUAUCGCAGAUGCAGUCUUUUUGAGAAAUGUUCAAGGUUUCCAGGGCAAAGUCACCUGCUGAUCAUUAAGGGCUUUUGUUAUGCACAUUAAAUAUGCAUGAGCAACAGCUUCACCAUUUACCUUAUUAUCUGUAAAAAAAAUUUGUCAAAUAAAUGUUAAUGUUGAUUUCUUGUGUCUUUUUAUUCGUUAUUAAAACUUGUUCUUUUAUUUUAUGGUGCUAGGUAUUUUUUCCUGAAUUUGGACAUACUUUUGAGGGCAAGAAACCAUGUCAUAUAAACUGAACAACACUUGAGUCUCAUCCUUAUUUUUAUGGCCUUAAAAUUAGAACCCACCGAUGUCAAGGGAAUGUUUUGGCUCCCCCCGCCAGAGUAGGUCAAAUGUGGCACCUAGUUUUAGUCUCUGCGGUGCAUUUUGCAAACAAACACUUACAGUUCUUCUUCCAUAACAACUGUAAUAUCUUUCAAGGACAACAAGCACACAGCUGUGAUAGUCAACAACGCAGUUAGCCUCCUUUCAUGCUGAAGGACUCAGUGAUUACAUGGCGAUCAGGUGUUGCUUUUAUACUUGAUUAGUAUCUUUGAAUCAGAGAUCCUUAUAACUAGUAUGACCUAGAAAAAGAAGCAGACAAAAUACAAAAAGGGAAAAAUAUCAGAGUUGUUUAAUGUCUGAAAAUGCCUCAUUUAGUGUAAAAUCAUGUAUAAUCAUGUAUUUGUACUGUAUAUUUAAAUAUAUAUUUAAAGAAAACCAUUGCAUUAGAGAAAAACUUAGAACACAAGGUAAAAGUGAACAGUGCAAACAUGUCAACCUGUUGCACUCAUGAGUUUUGUACAUGAAUAUCUAACCUUUCUCUCAUUAUUGACUUGUUUCCCUCGCAGUCACAUUGGUUAGAUUUCUUCUUCUGUUUCCAGACUCUAGCAGAGAUGGCUGCCUGGAAUAGGUCUGGCUUUUUAAAGCGCAGAACGUCUGUUUAGAUUACUGCAGCUGUGUGAAAACUAGACCAUGUUCUCUUCUUUCUGGCAUUUAGGAGCACAUGGCUUUUCCUGCCCAGCUACAAGAUGUUUUUUUUAUCCGUGCUGAGACCACCAAAUCUCCAGCGUAAUCAAAGUCAAUUCAAUGACAGUUCAUUUAGCAUACACAAUCACCAUGGAUCUUCAAGACAUUGGAAAAAGGAUUCGAAUAUUGGAAAGUCAUUAAGAUGGAGUCAGUUUUCUCUAAACAUUCAUAUGCAUACGUGUUGUGGUUGCUUAAUCUGUUGAAUUACAGUUUUUUACAUUACUUACAAAGAAAAUGAAAGUUCAAGAUUAAAGUUAACCUCUGGAUUUAAGUAAACCUAAAUAUGCAGUUUUGAUGUCAAAGUUGUGGUCUAUUCUUCCAAAUUAAAUUGUGGUUAAUUUGCACAGGAAAUGAAGAAGAAAGCUUUGUAAUUUUUGGAACAUCACGUUUCAGUAUGUCUUUUGUUUUUUCUAAGAAGGUCACAAGAAGUUCAGACGUCAGCAGAAAUGUCGACAGAAAGCAGACUGCAUUUUUGAGGCAUUGACCAUAAUUGUGUUUGUGUUGCAUGUCUGUAACAUUACAAGCAUUGAAAAGCAAAACAAUAAGAUGGGAAUGUU